AUGUCGAGCAUCUCCAGAACAGCCAACCUUCUCCUGCGCUCCAGCAAGGCUUCCUUGCUGCGUCCUCGCGCUGUCAACCCUCUCCAGCAUGUGUUUGGUAGAGACAGACUGGCUGCCCGUGGGCUGGCGACUGCCUUCGAGCGCUCCAAGCCUCACGUUAACAUCGGUACCAUUGGUCACGUCGAUCACGGAAAGACCACCCUGACUGCUGCCCUCACCAAGCAUCAGUCCAAGAAGGGCCUUGCCAACUUCCUCGAAUAUGGUGCUAUUGACAAGGCUCCUGAGGAGCGCAAGCGUGGUAUCACCAUCUCCACCGCUCACAUCGAAUUCUCGACCGACACCAGACACUACGCCCACGUCGACUGCCCUGGUCACGCCGAUUACAUCAAGAACAUGAUUACUGGUGCUGCCAACAUGGAUGGCGCUAUUGUUGUCGUUGCUGCUUCUGAUGGUCAGAUGCCUCAGACUCGUGAGCACUUGCUGCUCGCCCGCCAGGUUGGUGUCCAGAAGAUUGUCGUCUUCGUCAACAAGAUCGACGCCAUGGAUGACCCGGAGAUGUUGGAGCUCGUCGAGCUGGAAAUGCGUGAGCUCUUGAGCAGCUACGGUUUUGAGGGUGAAGAGACCCCCAUCAUCUUCGGCUCUGCCCUUUGCGCCCUGGAGGAUCGUCGCCCCGACAUUGGCGCCGAGAGAAUCGAAAAGCUCCUCGAGGCUGUUGACACUUGGAUCCCCACCCCUCAGCGUGACCUUGACAAGCCUUUCUUGAUGUCCGUCGAGGAAGUCUUCUCCAUUGCUGGCCGUGGUACCGUCGCUUCCGGCCGUGUCGAACGUGGUGUCCUGAGAAAGGACUCCGAGGUUGAGAUUGUUGGAGGAUCUUUUGAUGCUCUCAAGACCAAGGUCACCGAUAUCGAGACCUUCAAGAAGAGCUGUGACGAGUCUCGCGCUGGUGAUAACUCUGGCCUCCUGCUCCGUGGUAUCCGUCGUGAGGAUGUCAGACGUGGUAUGGUCAUUGCUGUCCCUAACAGCACCAAGGCCCACGACAAGUUCCUUGUGUCCAUGUACGUUCUCACUGAGGCUGAGGGUGGUCGCCGUACUGGCUUCGGCGCCAACUACCGCCCCCAGGUCUUCAUCCGUACUGCCGAUGAGGCUGCUGAUCUCAGCUUCCCCGAUGGCGACGAAUCUCGCAGAGUCAUGCCCGGUGACAACGUCGAGAUGGUCCUGAAGACUCACCACCCUGUUGCCGCCGAGGCUGGUCAGCGCUUCAAUAUCCGUGAGGGUGGCCGCACUGUCGCUACUGGUCUGAUCACCCGUGUCAUGACCGAGUAA